CAGACUGCAUUGGGGACCACCAGCCGACUGACAACAUGAAAUUGUGGGUCAUUUUCAGCUUGAUCCUUGUGCACGAAGCUCUACAAAAUGUUCUUGGCCAACCAGCUGCCAAGGGUAAACGACCCAAAGAACCAGGGGAAAAUAAAAUCAAACCGGCCAUCAAAAAAGUAAAGCCUAAAGUCACCAAGCUGAAGGAGUCAACGGAAACAGUGGCAAAAGUACAGUCUAUUAUGACUCAAGUAAUGGACAAAGGACGAUUCCAAAAGCCACCGGCCAUGCUGAGUAUGAGUGCUGGUCACAAUAUGGAACUGAGAUGCAAGGGAGAGAAGAUCUCAUGGAGUUAUCCCGCGUAUCUGGAUACAUACAGGGACUCUAGGCUCAGCAUUAAACAACAUGACAGAUACGGGCAGCUGAUCCUUAUGAACUCCUCUGCAGCCGACACCGGCGAGUUUGCUUGUUGGGCCCAGCUCUGUGACAGCCGUGGCUGCAGGAAGGACGAGUCCAAGGCUGGCUCAACCUAUGUGUUUUUCUCAGAUAAGGGAGAGAUAUUUGUUCCCUCUUCCAGCUAUUUUGAGAUUGUCUACCUCCACCCUGACAAGCCUGCAGUUAUUCCAUGUAGGGUGACUGUCCCUUCAGCCAAAGUCACGCUCCACAGAGAGUUCCCAGCAGAGGAGCUUAAAGUCGAUGGAACCAAUAUCAUUUAUGAUGUGAAAAAAGGCUUUGUCUACCAGCAUCCCCAUUCCAACCAUAGCGGAGUUGUAUACUGUCGGGCAGAAGCCCGGGGAGCACCACAGAUUUCCAUUAAAUACCAGUUACUCUACGUGGAAGUUCCCAGCGGGCCACCUUCUGCAACAAUCACAGCUUCUUCUAACAAGGUCAGAAGUGGAGACGACUUCAGUGUCUUCUGUACUGUUCUUGGGGAACCAGACGUAGAAGUAGAAUUUACAUGGAUUUUCCCAGGCCAAGAAUAUGGAAGGCCUGUCGGCAUUCAAGACUCCUGGAGACUCGUAAACAGAGGCAUUGGACACACCACCAGAAUCUCAAAGAGUAUCAUUUCAGUGGAAGAUUUUGAAACUAUUGAUGCUGGUUACUAUAUUUGCAAAGCUCAGAACCUGCGAGGACAGACAACGCUAGCUACAAGAGUGGACAGGGGCUAAAUAACUCUUCAUCCACACCUACUAUGCUUUGAUGGCAAAGCUCAACAGACAGAUUCCUAGCAGCCAAGCUCCACUGGUCCCGCAUACCUACAAUUCCCAUACCAGCAGGAUAACAGCAGUGUCUCCCAAUCAGACCCACAUGCACAGCGGAUUAGAUAAACCUCUCCAGAUGUAAACACGUUGGACUGGGAAGAUCUUUUUGAUAAAAGGACUUGUGCUUCUUCCCUGGGGUGUACUCAGUAGCCACUUGUGUUUACUUUGGCAAGAGAUUCACAUAAUGGAAUGCUUAAAACUAAGAAAAGUUUUCCUUUUCUUCAUUGUCAAAUACUUUAUGACUAAAAUGUAUUUCAUUUAACCAUUUUACAUAUUAAAAAGGCAAAUGUAGUUUUUUUUUGUAUAGUUAUAUUUGAACAUAUUAAGAAAUAAACCUAUAUUUCAAUACA